AGAGAGAGAGAGAGAGAGAGAGAGGAGAGAGAGAGAGUAUUGUGAAGGCAUUGCUUGGACUGUGUGUGGACUCUGGUCUCCAGACUGUGUGAGGAAGUUAUUUGUUACAUGUUAAAACUAUGGAUCAAAGCUUGAUGAUCUCGGUGGUGGCAGCUGUUUCUGUGGUGGUAGUGACAGUGCUGUACUUUCUCCUGCGAGGCUCUGCAGGAGGGAAGAAGAAGAAGCUGCCUGUCACUCUGCAGGAUCCUACGGUCAAAUAUCCCCUUCCCCUUAUAGACAAACAGGAAAUCAGCCAUGACACAAAGAAAUUUCGGUUUGGGCUUCCAUCUUCAACUCAUAUCCUUGGACUGCCAAUAGGUCAGCACGUGUACUUGUCAGUCAAGGUGAACGGGAGUCUGGUGGUCAGAGCCUACACUCCAGUCUCCAGUGAUGAGGACCAGGGAUAUGUCGACCUUGUGGUUAAGGUGUACUACAAGAACUCCCACCCCUCCUUCCCAGAGGGAGGGAAGAUGUCUCAGUACCUGGACAACAUGGCUAUUGGAGACGCCAUUGACUUCAGAGGACCCAAUGGACUGCUGGUGUAUAAGGGAAAUGGUCUGUUUUCCAUCCGACCAGACAAGAAGUCAGAGCCGAAAGUUCGGAAGUUUAAGCACGUUGCAAUGAUCGCCGGUGGAACAGGUAUCACUCCUAUGCUGCAGUUAAUCCGCAGUAUCACAGCAGACCCCACUGACAAGACCAAGUGCUCUCUCAUAUUCGCCAACCAGACUGAGAAAGAUAUCCUACUGAGGGAGGAGCUGGAGGAGGUGAAGAAGAACCAUCCUGACAAAGUUCAACUUUGGUUCACACUGGACAAACCUUCGCAGGAUUGGCGCUAUAGUGCAGGGUUUGUGACCUAUGACAUGAUCAAGGAACACCUCCCUGCUCCGUCCAGUGAUGUCCUUGCUGUCCUGUGCGGUCCUCCACCGAUGAUCCAGUACGCUUGUCUGCCCAAUUUGGACAAGCUGGGACACAAAACAGAAAACAUUUUUGCAUACUAGUGUUCUGAUUGACUACAAAACUGGUGUAUUCCCUGUUAUCAUUCAAUCACAAAACCACCAAUCACUGUAUGAACGCUGUGGGUGUUCUAAUAUAAA